CUGGUCAUUCCUGGAGCCUGUUCUGAAAGAACUUCGGGUUCUCCAAGCCGGUGGAAUGGUUGUGAAGACACCAUCUGGAGAUAUUAGUGCAAAAGUCCAUGUACUAAUGACAACUGGCGACAUCCCAGCUCUGGGAAAGAUGGCUUGUCAUGUGGGCCAUAUGAGUAAGGAUGGCUGCCGCAUCUGCCACGUUGUGGGUCAAUCUCCUGGCCAUGGCCAAUAUUUCCGAAUGCCAUCUGCCAUCACCAUGCGCACACCGGAAAGUUUCAAGCACUUUGAUGAGGUGGCCUCAUCCAGCAAAAAAGGGUUAACUGACCAAUCACCCUUCUCCUUACUGGAUUCCUUCUCUGGUCCGUUCUUCUUUGCAUUGGAUGAAAUGCACGGCAUUUGUCACGGCAUUGGCAAACAGGUCUGGGGGCUCGUGUGUGGCAAAAGAAGUAUUCCGACAUCUUUCCACGGUGCAUGGAUCAACAUCGCAACAAAAUCAGGGUACUUCCGGGCUGUGGACUGGGCUGACUUCAUCUUGUUUGUUAUCCCCACGCUUGUGGCAGAGCGUGUCCGUGACCAAGCUGCCCGUAAGGCAUUGCUUGACCUGGUGCAGACAUGCAACCUACUCAUGAGCUGGGAGUUAUCAGCAGAGGAGAAAACCUUGAUCAAAACAAAUCUCGUCGCAUGGAAUGCGUAUCUGGAAGCCUCGCUAGCUAAAGGAGAGGUCCAGCUCAAGGUCUUUACGAUCAACCAGCACCUCCUGCAGCACUAUCCCGCAAUGAUAGAAGCGUAUGGUCCCCCCAGAGCGUAUAGUGCACGAUCUGUCGAGAGGGCGAUUGGGGAAUACUCGCGAGCAAUAAAGAGUAAUUCGGCAAUUGGAAUCAACGCUGGCAACAUCAUGCUUGGCUUGACACAGAUUCGACAGAUGAGAGUUGAAAAUUCAAGAACGACAACAGCAACAGUAACAGCAACAACUCUCCUUCAGUAUGACGAUCCCUCUGCUGGUUGGCCAAUUGACCGAGAAGGUAGUAAUGUUGGUACUGAUUCUGACAUUGAGUUCUGGGGGCCUUUGAGGAACAGAACGAUUGUUGAUAGUUUUGGAGGCAUUUCUUGUCUUCCAGAGCUUCUUCAAAAGUUCUACGAAUCAAAGGGGGAAGAGUGUAGUAUGAUUGAAGCAGCCAUUAAAACAAGCCGUAAGGCAUUUGUAAAUGGUUGUGUUAUUGACUCUGCACUCGACCAUAAUUGUGUAAGAGAGGCACAUAACGUCAGACUUCAGGGUUCAGUCUACAAGGAUUUCUUUGGGAAGGUCGUCGUUUUCUUUGAGCACAAGCUCAACAACAAGAGGUGGCCGCUUGUCCUUGUCAAUGUUUAUGCAGUUCGUUUGGUAAAUAGUAUACCAGCAAUCAACAAUAGGCAAAUGAAGCCAAUGGUAGUUCACCUGGCAGAUGUCAAAGAAUUAGUUGGUUUGGUGAAGUCGGACGCGACUAUAAACACAAUAACAACAACAGCAACAACAUAUGUAGUGUGGCCAGAGCUUAACCGCGGCCCAAAACUGUCACUUGGUUCUCUUGCAGACCCAUAA